CUGUAACAUCACUCGGCUGUUCUCUGCAGCAGGCUCUAACUUCACAGCAACACGUGCCACUGUUCCACAGCUCCCAAUGUGGUUGUCACGGGCAGUGCACAUGGGCAACAGCAGCUUUCUUCUGGGCCUCAGCAUCCUGAUCCUGGCUGCUGGGGCCAUCCUGCUUGCCAUCAGCCGUCACCAAUGGGAUCACUUGUGGCCAUGGGGCCCACUUGGUUCCAGCACUGGUGGUGCCUGUCCCCAGAAAGGUGACUGUGCCACAAUGAUGUUCCCACAGGGUGAUGGCCAGGGCAAGCAACAGCGCAGAUGGAGGCGGCGAUUUCGGGCAGCAGAGCCAUGUAACGCUGUGUCCCCCCUGUGCGGGCCCUGGCGCUGCAGGCCCGGCUGCACCGACUGCAUCAAGGCUGCGCAGGAGCUGCAGGAGCUGGUGCUGUCAGCGUGGGCUGGGAGAGGAGCUGCAGCCGCUCUGGAUGCUGGCACGUGGCAGGCGCUGUGGCAGGCGCUAUGGCAGGACCUGGAGGAGCUGGUGGAGCAGGGAGAGCUGAGCUGCUGCGGCUCCCCCAGUUACCCCGAGAGCAUCAGUCCCUCCAAGAACCUGACAGCAACGCUCCUGACUCGAGAUGAAGGAGCCCCUAUGGAGGUGAGGUCUGUUUGCUCCCUCGACCACACGUGUGCUGGCAGAGUCUCUUCAGCCCUGAAGAUGCACGUGGCUCAGAAAGCCCUGGAGAUAGAGCUGGGGGCCCUGCCCGUGCCGGUGCAGCAGUCCCAGGAGCAAGCAGCACAGCAGCAGGGCUGCCUCCCUGUCCUGCCCAAGCUCAUCCUGCCGGGACAGAGCCAGCCCUGGCUGCGGCACGUUCUGUGCCCCUCAAUGCAGGCCAAAGCAAACGCUAUUGUGGAUACCAUUGAAGAGAAGGAAGUGCAGAGGCUAUGGGGGGACCCAAACCCCACCGAGGAGUCCCUGGCACCGCAGAUGCUGUGCCCUCCACCGCUGCUUGGUCCCCUGGACUCAAAGCUGCCAAAGGAGAGCAGAGCUGGGGAGCCCAGGGCCCCGGGCAAUGCCAGUGCACUGGGACAGCACAAAGCAGGACAGCAGGAGCCACAGAGCCCCCGUGGAUCUGAGGAGAAACCAGCCAUCCAAGCACCAGAGGAGAAUACACUGAGGAAGAGCCUCCUUCACCAGGGUAGGGGCUUGUCACCGUGGGACAAGGAGUGCCUGAGGCCUUUUGGUUCAGGCGCGGCCCCCCCUGCCUGUCCCAGCCUGGAUAAUGGAGCAGCAGGACCAGAAGCAGGACCAGCUUCCAUGCUCCUGAAGAAAGGUGCUGCCUGUCAGAUCAACAUCCCCACACAAGGCAGGGGCCAUGCCCACAACGAGGACAGGAGCUGGUCCUGUGCCACAGCGCCUAUCAGCAACGCAAGGCUGGAGCUGAACCAGAAGGUCCACAGCAAGCUCUGGACCCACACAGCAAGAAAAUGCCUGGAGAUAAAACUCCAAACUCUCCCCAAGGCAGUGCAGAGGUCCAUGGGCAUGUCGCAAUGCUCACUGCCCAGACGGAGGAAGGCUGGGGCUGGGCAGCUGCAGCCCCGCAAGAGCUCUGCCAUUAUGGCAAAAGCAAAGCAGCUCAGGCAGAAGGAAUGGGUCCUGCAGGAGCAGGUUCAGGCAUCCCUCACCUGCACUCUGGUCCCCAUGACACCGUGCUCCUGCCUGUAUUGUGUCUCCUCCUACGGCCCCGUUCCAGGGACGGAGAGCAGCCAGGCAUUCCUGGAGGCCAGGACCCUGCCCAGCACAUCCUGCAGCUCUGGGAAUGAGAUGGCCACAGACACCAAGGAUGCGCCAGGGCCACCCUCCCGGGACGCGCAGGACACUGCAGCAGCAUCGACCAACAAUAUCCUGCGUGCGGUGCUGGAGAGGAUUCGGCAGCGGCGAAGGAAGGUGUCCUCAUCCCCGGAGAGCUCUCCCACUGAAUGCAGCUGA